AUGCCAAAAACACAAGGUACCAAAACAAGAUCCUAUGAAGAAUAUGCUCGUUCGCGCGGCUUCAGGCUCACGCAUCAAAGUGUGGACAUUGAAAUUGACUUGUGCACUUUCUCAAUAAAGGGUUCAACAACGCUUUCUAUAUCGUCAUAUAAAGAAGUUUCAAAUGAAACUGUCCGCUUCAACAGUAGACAGUGCAGAAUCUCUGAAGUGCAAGUCAAUGGGACCAGAACAGACUUUACUAUCGAGGCUGAACAAGCCUAUCAUGGGGAAGUAGAAGUCAAAGUACCCGAAGAACAUUUAUCGAAAUGGAUUAAAGGGGGGAAUAUUGAAGUUAAGGUUUACUAUAGAUUAGAAAAACCACAAGGAGGGAUUCAUUAUGUACAAAGAGAUGCAAGAAUUGCGCCACAUCUUCAUCCUCACAUGUAUACAAUUCAUCAGCCGACAAUUGGUGCUGCACGACUUUGGCUUCCUUCGAUAGAUCAUCUAUUGGAGAG